AUGGCAGACGAAUCUACCUCUCCUCGCGCCCCACGAGGUGAUUCACCCCCCUCUCGCAAACAGAGUAGAAGCGACGAUCGAAGCCAAUCACCACGUAGCCACCGCGACAGAUUAGACAGAGAUAACUACAGAAGAAGCGACAAUUAUCGAUCGCGGGAUGAUGAUAGGAAUCGGGGUAUAAGACAUGAGCCUGGAAGAAACCGGAAUGAUGAGAACAAAGACGAUCCCGACCGGUUAGGGCGAGACUUAGAAAGACGACGUGACAAUCGCGGGGAGAGAGACUCGGAUCGGAGAGAUAUAGAUAGGAGUGAGGGCAGAGAUCGAGACCGACCUAGACCAAAGAAGAGUUCUGGGGGUUUUAAGUUUAAGGAUAAGCGUCGCGAUGAGUUUGAAGACAGAGACGAUGACCGACGUGGUGGCUCAUUUAGAGGUUACCGAAACCGCUCACCAUCCCCACGUCGCCGAGAUCGAAAUCGGGACCACGAUCGUGAACGUGAUACGGGGACAUCUUCGUCUACGAAAAAGUCCAAGUCGAAAUCUACCGGCGGAGACACCUCCCAGCCUCCUGUUCGAGCACCCGCAGCUCCCUCCGGCGGUGGUGAAGAAAUGAUCAUCGUCCAUAUAAACGACCGACUGGGUACUAAGGCAGCUAUCCCAUGCUUUGCUUCGGAUCGCAUUAAGGAGUUCAAAAUCAUGGUCGCCGCGCGCAUCGGUCGAGAGCCCCACGAGAUUUUGCUCAAGAGACAAGGGCAGCGGCCUUUCAAAGACAUGCUUACACUUGCCGACUAUGAAAUUAGCAACGGAGUCCAGCUCGAUCUGGAAGUCGACACUGGUGAUUAA